AUGGUUCAAAUUCCAUUCCUUCAAGAAGUCUUCACCGUUCUGAAAAGUUUUGGUCACUCUAUUGCUGGUGACAUCGAUGGAGCAAUCAAGUGUUGGGACGAUUACGCCAAGAGCAGCAUCAUUGGUUCUGGCUGCGUCGCUCUCCACCACGCGAUCCACGGAAACCAUGAGACUGCCAAGGAAUACGCCAAGUGCAUGGGCAGGUCGACGGGUGCUGCCCUAACGGGAGGCGGGUUACUCAGUGACAUUCCCGUCUUUCAGGAGCUAUCCUACGCGGGCAAGUCCCUGGGUGACUGCAUCGCUGGCGAACCUGAUCAGGCGGAAGGAAGAUGGAGCAAGGAGUAUGUGGAGAACAGCUGCAUUGGCUCGGGAAUCCAAGCUGCUAUUGAAGACGGUAAGGGCAACUAUGAUCGAGGAAACCAUCUGAGAGCUCGUUGUGGCAAGUCUUGGGCCAAAGCUGGAGUCUGCUCGUUUGGUGCGGCUAUCGUGGUUGCUUCUGGCGGUGUGCUCGCUCCCCUUGGAGCUGGCACUGCCACAGUUGUCGGAACUGUCGUUGGAGCUGGAACAGGAAUGGCGGAAAGUGCUGCUAAUUCUGCCAUUGAAGGCCAGUCUUGCUCUGCGGGAGAAAUUGUCGGUUCUGGACUUAUUGGUGGGAUAGGCGGAGCAGCUGCUGGUCAUGCAAUCGCCAGGACAGCAGAGUUGAAGGCUGCUCAAACUCGUGUUUAUCGAACUCUGCCCGAGAAGGUCGCUGACCGGGCUGUGGCGAAUCAAAGGUUCCCACCCGGCCACAAACAAGGAAAUAAGCCAACCGGCGAAACUUGCUUUUCGGAAAGCACAUCCCAUCAGCGACCCUAUGCGAAGCAGAAGCGGCUGGAGGACGCUGGACGACCUGCUGGGGAAAAGCUAGAGUUCAAGACCUUGCAGGCAAAGGUUGACCGAGAAAAGUUUCAAGCCAUGAAAGACAACGCAGUUGGCCAGAAAGGAUCCGUGCUGAAGGAGGAGGAGGAGGAGGAGGAGGAGGAGGAGGAGGAGGAGGAGGAGGAGGAGGAGGAGGAGGAGGAGGAGGAGGAGGAGGAGGAGGAGGAGGAGGAGGAGGAGGAGGGGGAGGAGGAGGAGGAGGAGGAGGAGGAGGAGGAGGAGGAGGAGGAGGAGGAGGAGGAGGAGGAGGAGGAGGAGUAG